AUGGAAGCAGGCUCCACUCCCCAGAUCAAGGUGUAUAGUGUCUGGGACCAGGUGGAGGAGACAGACCAGGUGAGAAACAGUCUGUCCCUAAUGACCACACCCGGUAUACAGCCAAAAGAGAAUGGGCCUCCCAUCUGAGCCUGGUACCUCUCUGGGUUUCUUCCUUCUAGGGAGCCACACUGAUCUUGCGAGCUUCAUACACGUAGCACAUAUUUACGUCAGCUCGUGACAUUAGAGUGUGGCUCGCGAGACUAGCUUUCCACCGUGCUUUCGCUUCUGCUUUGGUUUGCUCUUUGGGGUCUAGGCCGGGUUACUGUAAAGCACAAAGACUGAAUUAAAACGGGCUUAAUAAAACACAUUUGUUUGUUUUGUUUGAUUGAUUGAUUGAUUGAUUGAUUGAUUGACCAGGUGGAGGAGGAGAAGAAGGUGGGUUCGGCUUCAGACGACCAUCUGAUGACUCUGAAGGCCCUGACGCAGAAGCUGAGGCUGGAGACACGGAGGCCGUCCUACCUGGGGUGGAAGGCCCGUUUAGACACCCCCCAUAGCACCAAAGGCCUUGUCAUACCACAGCAGAGCAUCAGGGACUUAGUGGGGCCAGAAGAGCAACGGGUAGUGGGCCAAAGUGAGGCCAGGUUAGACAGCCAGAGCACCCAACGCCUGGCUGUCCCACAGCUACAGCAGGACAAGGAGGAGGAGGAGGAGGAGGAGGAGGAAGAGGCCAAACAACAGCCAGGGGAGCCCAGAGAGAGCCUCCUGACCUCAGGUUUGAUCUGGCAGCACAGUCUGCCCUCGGGAGUGCUGAAGAGAUUUGAGAACAUCGAUGAGGCUCUGGGGUGGCUCAGGAAAGAACUGGUGAGAGCAACAGAGGUAUUGGUGACUGUUUCCUGGUUUAGUACUGUAUCUCCAAUACAACUGAAUUGAAGUGAGAAGAGCUUCCUGUCAAUGCUAGGGAGAGGGGCUUCUUGUCAAUGCUAGGGAGAGGGGCUUCUUGUCAAUGCUAGGGAGAGGGGCUUCCUGUCAAUGCUAGGGAAAGGGGCUUCCUGUCAAUGCUAGGGAAAGGGGCUUCCUGUCAAUGUUAGGAAAUGAGAGUUGAAAAAUCCAGUCACUUUCUCAAAAUUCCAAGGUUUUCCAGAAAUCCUGAAUGUAGAGUCGGGAGGUAAUAAGCAGCACAAAUUCCGGAAUGUUCCAACCAGGACUUCUGGAAAACAUGGGAAUUGGGGGAAAUUUACUGGAAUUUUGUGACCCUACUAGAGUUUGUUGACUCAUCAACAUACUGCAGCAUCAUCUACUACACCCUCUGUUAAGACCAGACUACACCCUCUGUUAAGACCAGACUACACCCUCUGUUAAGACCAGACUACACCCUCUGUUAAGACCAGACUACACCCUCUGUUAAGACCAGACUACACCCUCUGUUAAGACCAGACUACACCCUCUGUUAAGACCAGACUACACCCUCUGUUAAGACCAGACUACACCCUCUGUUAAGACCAGACUACACCCUCUGUUAAGACCAGACUACACCCUCUGUUAUUAAGACCAGACUACACCCUCUGUUAUUAAGACCAGACUACACCCUCUGUUAAGACCAGACUACACCCUCUGUUAAGACCAGACUACACCCUCUGUUAAGACCAGACUACACCCUCUGUUAGGACCAGACUACACCCUCUGUUAAGACCAGACUACACCCUCUGUUAAGACCAGACUACACCCUCUGUUAUUAAGACCAGACUACACCCUCUGUUAUUAAGACCAGACUACACCCUCUGUUAAGACCAGACUACACCCUCUGUUAUUAAGACCAGACUACACCCUCUGUUAUUAAGACCAGACUACACCCUCUGUUAUUAAGACCAGACUUCACCCUCUGUUAUUAAGACCAGACUACACCCUCUGUUAUUAAGACCAGACUUCACCCUCUGUUAUUAAGACCAGACUACACCCUCUGUUAAGACCAGACUACACCCUCUGUUGUUAAGACCAGACUUCACCCUCUGUUAUUAAGACCAGACUUCACCCUCUGUUAUUAAGACCAGACUUAACCCUCUGUUAUUAAGACCAGACUACACCCUCUGUUAAGACCAGACUACACCCUCUGUUAAGACCAGACUACACCCUCUGUUAUUAAGACCAGACUUCACCCUCUGUUAUUAAGACCAGACUACACCCUCUGUUAAGACCAGACUUCACCCUCUGUUAUUAAGACCAGACUUCACCCUCUGUUAUUAAGACCAGACUACACCCUCUGUUAAGACCAGACUACACCCUCUGUUAAGACCAGACUACACCCUCUGUUGUUAAGACCAGACUUCACCCUCUGUUAUUAAGACCAGACUUCACCCUCUGUUAUUAAGACCAGACUUCACCUAGGGCUGUUGCGUAUUACAGCCACACUGGCAUUACCAUCUACUUGUCAACAGUAAAAACGAUCUCUGUAGUCUAAGGACUUGAUUCAAUCCGACCGCUCCUUUUAAAGGCAGUUUUUCUGCGUUCACAGAGACCACAUUCACAGUAAACUCUGCAUCUGUCGGCUCAAUCGGAAAUUACCGUUAAAUGUCAAUAGAUCUUCCGCGGUCCGGAUUGAAUCUAGGGCUAAAUCUCUUUAUCUCCCCCCAGAAGGAAAUGCCUCUCCAGGACCAGCAGUUGGCCCAUCAGCUGAUCCGUCUCCAUAGCGACAUCAACAAACUGAAGAUCGAGCAGACGUGUCACCAGCACCGCCGCAUGCUCAACGACGCCACCUACGGGCUGGAGGAGAGAGACGAGUUGAGCAACCUGCUCUUUGACUCCCCCGUCACCCCCGGGUUCGGACUCUCCACCCCACUGAGACUCAUAGGGGUCACAAAGAUGAACAUCAACUCUCGACGCUUCUCCCUUUGCUAGCAUCAGAGAGAGAGAGAGAUAGAAAGAGAGCGGAGAAGGGAAAGAGAUAAGCAGAGGAAGGAGAAGAGAGAGAGAAGAGAGAGAAGAGAGAGAAGAGAUAGAAAUAGAGAGAGAGAGCUAUAGAGAGAGAGAGAGACGAUAGCGAGAGAGCGAGAGAGACGCAUCGAGAUAGAUGAGCCUACCCUCUCUCUCUCAUCUGCAUCGCCCUCUCUCUCCCAUCGCCCUCUCUCCACUCGCCGUUCGCUUUCGCCUGACCUUCUCGCUCCUCUCUCUUCAUCUGAUCCUCUCGCUCUCUUCUCGCUCUUGCUCCUCCAUCUCUGCUCUCUCGCCUUCCCCUCCCCGCUUCUCCCUUUAUCUUCCAUCCCCUCUCUCUCUCUCUCUCAGGAAGAAAGAAGAAGAACAGAGAGGAACAGAGAGAUCUGCGAGAGAGAGAAAGCUCUGCUAGCCACAUCUCUGCUAGUAGUGCCAGAUUAGGAUUCCUGGUUGGAGACUGGGAAUGUACAAACCAGGAUGUCAGUGUGAUGAACAUAUAUAUUGUUUUCUAUGUCAGUGUGAUGAGCAUAUAUAUUGUUUUCUAUGUCAGUGUGAUGAACAUAUAG